CGAGAGAGAAAAGUUCCAAAACUCAGGCGAUAUGGCGCGUGGUAUGUACCGUGUUUCCAGGGGGGACACGCGAGCUAAUUCCACUUUCCUUGUUUUCCCUAUGGUCAGUUUGUCCCUUUCGUCUGCCUUUCUUCUCUGCCUGUAUAACGUGGUGCAACCCAAUGUUUUAUAUAUCUGAUGCGGCCCUACUGUACCUCUAAUGGACGGCGCAAUCCGAUAUCGCUACGUUCCGGCUCUGGGGAGAGGGGAAGUGACCUGUUUUCUUAUUUUCUUUUCUGUUUUGUUUUGUUUCUGCGAGCUUGCUGCUCCCGUGUUAUGCUUGUUUCUCUUUUUUCCCCUUGCUGUCCCUUCUUCGUCAAUUACACUGCUUUGCGCCAACCAUGGUAAUCGCGUGAUAUCUGGACUGAUCGCCGCCUGGUGCGCGCCUCUCCUGAGAUCUAUCUUCCCCUCUCUUGUACCACCUUUAGAGCUUUGGGGGAGUGACGAGAAUGAUGCCAUAGACGCAACAGGCGGACGAUGCAGUGCGAUGAGAGAUGGGGCCAAAGUAUGCGCUUGUUUCGACUGCCUGCGACAUGUGGCGCGAUAACGUCGUUCUGUCGUUAUGGGGUGUGACAGAUGGGAUAUUUCUAGCUGUGGCGGAUGAUGUGCUGCGCGU